UAAACAACAAAUAAAAACAAGUGCAUAAGAAUUAAAAAUUCGAUAAUAUAUAAUGCAAAAGUAACUAAAUUUUAAAGUUAGAUGUAAACAGUGUCAACUAUAUAUUUCCUUUAAGCCACAUUUUCCCAAGUGCCGUACUUAAUUUUACGCAAACAUUAGACCGCUAUUGUGAUCAAUUAAUGAAAUUGCUAAAAAAAUAUGAAUAAAUGAAUAAAGUAAAUUAUUAAUUUCAUAAAUUAAAGCAAAAAUAACAGAAUAAAUAGCAGACACAAGUGAAAGCUAUCUGUGCCAUAAUUGAUAACUGUUUAUUAAGUAAAUUAAGUAUAAUACAUAGCUCCAACGUUACUUGUGAAAGCUUAGUCGCAGCAGUGUAAUACAAAGAGCGACAUUUCUAACAGCUAAAGCUUAAAUUAAAGCUAACUACGCAUAAAUGCUUACUACAUGUAAAUGAAAGCUAACUACGUAUAAGUUAAAUCUUACUAAGCUUAAAUUAAUGCUCGGCACACAUAAAUGAAAGCUUACUACGUAAAUAUGAAAGCACAUUGCGUCUAGAGAAAAACUUAGUACAUAUGAAUGCAGCUUUACUAAGCAUUCAUGAAAUCUCAACGCCCAUAAAUGAAAGCUUACUAUAUAUAUAAGAAAGCUUAUUACGCAUAAACGAAAACUUGCUGAGCAUAAGCGAGAGCUUACUAGGCAUACGUGAAAGCUUACCAAGCAUACGUGAAAGCUUACCAAGCAUGCGUGAAAGCUUACUACGCACACGUGAAAGCUUACUAAGCAUACAUGAAAGUUUACCAAGCAUAAAUGACAGCUCAUUCAAUUAAUGUAGGUUCACUAAUAAAACGUUUCAUCAUUCAGCGUAUUAAGAAAGCGAUUGAAGUGUAAGCUUGGUCACCACAACUGAAAGCUUAAUAACAUUAAAGGAAAGCUUAAAAAGGUAGGCUCCGAAACAUAUCUAAACAAAAGUAACGUCAAAUUGUAAACGUACUAAGCGCCUAAUACACGCAAACCACCGAAUAAAGGUUCCAAACAAACACUAAUUAAUUUAAAAAGGGAUAACAAGAAUUUCUCUCAAUGCAACAAAUUUAAUUGCAAAUAUUUUCCAAACCCUACAAAAGCACCAACUGAACAUCAUACCCAAUGACAAUAUCAAAUCGUUUGAAUCGCAGACGAAACAUCAACAUCAUCAGUAAUAACGGUGACAACAACAACUCCACCGAUAUUGAAUUAUUUCCGGUUGGCACAACAGCAGAAUCAGCAGAAGCAGCAAAACCGCACUACAACUCGGACGCGACGCGGCAGAGUGAGGCGUGUAGUCGUACUGUAAAACGCUUGCGGCGACCAGAAGCCGCUGCCGUCAAAAUGACGGCGCUCGGCCAACAAGCGACAAAUGAAAUUACAACUGUAACAACGGCAAAAACAACAACAGCUGCGACGGUAAAAAUGAAUGACGACGCCAUUGCCACAAUAAAUGAAAAUUCUCGCGGACGUAUGAGUAAGUUUUUGCCCGGGAAAUCGCUCAAAUACGAGCAACUCAUAAAUCAACCGAAACAUGUUGUGGGAACAACAGCAACAGCAACAGCAACAGCAACAGCAGUAGCAGCAACAACAAAGGCAGUUAGUACAAAAAGUACGCUAACAAAAGCGGUUGGCCGUGAUGGUAUAACUUCCGAAGCCAACGGUAAUGAGUGGCCCCAACACUCGCAUUGGUGUUUGGAAGAUGAAGUGCCGUCGCCCGCGUGGUAUGCCUGUGAAGGCGAACCUUCGGCGACGUCAGCGCUCGCCACAACACUACCCGCAACAUUGCUGGCGACGGCGAAUGGUAGCACAGCGUCAAUGAAGAAUUGGCAAACGCAUUUGGAAGGCGCGGAAAUGCAUUUAUCACCGACGCUUACCACGGCCAGCUCGGACAUUGUGAAUGCGAAUGUGAAAGCUAAAGCGCCGGCGAAAAUGAGGAGCCGGCGCAUGAAUGCCAAUGGAAGUGGAAGUGGAAGUGGAAGUGGCUGUGGCAGUAGCUGGAGUGGCAAUUAUCAACAGCAGGAUUCGCAUUCGACACACCAACUAACGGCACGAGUGCCAAUUACAACAACAACGGCAAUAACAACCAACAAACCAGCACGUUCGCAGCAGCACACACCAAGCCAUCAGCAUGUCGGGCACAAAAGCGGCGGUAUUGGUUUUGGCAACAUGACCGUUAAUGGCAACAGUUAUGGCAGCAGUAAUAAUGUGAAAUAUUUUGGCAACGAUGCUGCGGACGCUGACUGUAAUGGCACAACUGCCGUCGACACGGAUGCUCUGCUCAGCGCAGCGCUAAAUGUCAGUAGCACAGAAUCUGGCUACCACCACCACCAUCACCAUGACCACCGGCAGUCGACGACAAACAGGCUGCACGGUAACAAUGCCAACUCAACUCGCAGCAGCAAAGGUUUCUACUACACCUUAGUCAACAGCGAUGACGGUGACUUUGCUGACUCUAGCACAUCACAACCGCCAUCUGUCUCCGCCUCCGCUGCCACCACGCCGUUGUAUUACUCUUCGACGACGUCAUCAGCGCGUUCAGCCUCUUCACCCGCCACUUUUUACACGUCAAACGGCACCACCUCCACCUCCUCCGCCUCCGCCUGCUCCUCCACUGCGCCGCUGAGGUCUGGGUCUGGCUCGGGCUCAGGUUCAGGCUCUGCGCACGGGUCAUCAUCAUCAUCCGCUGCCGUUGCAUUGGCGUGUAAUUGUUGCAGUAAUUUAAUUGCCCGUUGCUGCUUCGGCAUGCCACUGCUGAAGGCAAUCAAUGUGCGGCGUUGUGUGUUGGCUUUAUUCGCCAUAACGGUCGUUACGAUCUUUUACUACACUCAUUACGUCGAUACGGGCGUUUUUGUUGGUUUAAUUCAACGUGACACUCGCCCCUCGCCGCUCAUCAACUGUCGCAUGAUUAGCGGGAAGCAUACGCGUGAAUCGUCGAGAGCACCCGAUCAUCGUUCAGAGGCACGACUGCGUAUCGAUCCGAAGGUUUUGGUGUUCGUGGAGACAACAUACUCAGGGCUCGGUCGAGAUAUUGCCGAACUAUUGGUCUACAAUAGAAUUAAGUACAAAGUCGAAGUGGCUGGCAAAAGUCUUCCAGUGUUAACGAAUCUCGACAAAGGUCGCUACGGUGUCAUCGUAUUCGAAAAUCUCGAUAAAUACCUGAAUAUGGACAAAUGGAAUCGUGAGCUGCUGGAUAAGUACUGUCGUGAAUACUCAGUGGGCAUAGUGGGAUUUGUUAGUCCGAGCGAGGAGACCUUGGUAGCGGCACAAUUGCGUGGUUUGCCACUCUAUAUACACACAAACUUGCGUCUACGUGACGCCAGUCUCAAUCCCGCCUCACCCGUGCUGCGUCUCACGCGUGCCGGUGAGACGGCUUGGGGUGCGCUUCCCGGCGACGACUGGGCUGUCUUCCAACACAACCACACCACCUACGAGCCAGUUGAAUGGGCGCAGCGUAAUACACAAGACUAUCCAUCCGACAGCGGUGGACAAGUGCAAUUGCCAUUGACGACUGUGCUGCAGGACCACGGCCACUUUGAUGGCAUUCAACGCGUUCUAUUUGGCAGUAAUUUACGGUUCUGGCUACACCGUUUGCUAUUCCUGGACGCGUUGUCGUACCUGAGUCACGGUCAGCUGAGUUUGAAUCUCGAGCGUAUGAUACUAGUGGAUAUUGAUGAUAUUUUUGUUGGCGAACGUGGUACGCGUCUACGACCGGACGAUGUGCAGGCGUUGAUAGCUACGCAAAGGAUUAUUGCGGCUAUGGUGCCGGGUUUUCGUUUCAAUUUGGGCUUCUCAGGCAAAUUCUAUCAUCACGGUGAGCGUGAGGAGAAUUUGGGCGACGACUACUUGUUGCGCAAUGUGCAGGAAUUCAAUUGGUUCUCACACAUGUGGAAACACCAGCAGCCGCAUCUGUAUGAGAAUCUGACGUUGCUCAUGUCGGAAAUGCAGUUGAAUUAUGCCUUCGCAAAGGAGCACAACAUUCCCACUGACUCCGGCUACUCCAUAUCGCCACAUCACUCAGGCGUUUAUCCGGCGCACGAAAUACUGUAUAUAGCGUGGAAGAAAAUAUGGAAUGUGAAGGUUACCUCCACCGAGGAGUAUCCACAUUUGCGGCCGGCGCGUUUACGUCGCGGCUUUAUACAUCGCGACAUCAUGGUGCUGCCGCGUCAAACGUGUGGUCUCUUCACACACACCAUGUACAUAGAUCGCUAUCCCGGCGGGCGAGAUAAGCUCGACGAAUCGAUACAGGGUGGUGAACUCUUUCAAACUAUAGUCUAUAAUCCUAUCAAUAUCUUUAUGACGCAUAUGUCCAACUAUGGUUCGGAUCGUUUGGCGUUGUAUACGUUCCAGUCGGUGAUAAAGUUCCUGCAAUGCUGGACUAAUUUGAAAUUGAGCUCAGCGCCGCCUAUACAAUUGGCCGAAAUGUACUUCCGCCUACAUCCAGAGGAGGUGGAUCCCGUUUGGGGUAAUCCCUGUGAUGAUCCACGUCACAAGAAAAUCUGGUCGAAAAAGAAAAGCUGUGAUUCACUACCUAAAUUUCUGGUCAUCGGUCCACAGAAAACGGGUACAACUGCACUAUACACAUUCCUCGCCAUGCACUCAAGCAUCACCAGCAACGUACCCAGUCCCGACACUUACGAAGAGAUACAAUUCUUUAAUGGCAACAAUUAUUAUCGCGGCCUCGACUGGUACAUGGACUUCUUCCCAUCUGACUCUAGCGCAAACUCAACGGUGACACCACAAACUCGCUACAUGUUCGAGAAGAGCGCUACUUAUUUUGAUGGCGAGGCGGUGCCGAAACGUGCUCACGCUCUGCUGCCGCAUGCAAAGAUCGUAUCGAUUCUUAUUUCACCAGCGAAACGUGCCUACUCAUGGUAUCAACACCAACGGGCGCAUGGCGAAGGGAUCGCCAACAACUAUAGUUUUUAUCAGGUAAUCACAGCCGGCGAUUCAGCGCCAAAAGCACUAAAGGAUUUACGUAAUCGCUGCCUGAAUCCAGGUAAAUAUGCACAACACCUGGAGCAUUGGCUAGCCUACUAUCCCGCCCAACAAUUGCAUAUCAUCGAUGGUGAACAGUUGCGUCUCAAUCCAGUCGAUGUGAUGAACGACUUGCAGCGUUUCCUCAAAAUACAACCGAUAUUCGAUUAUUCGAAUCAUUUGCGUUUCGAUGCGAAGAAGGGCUUUUUCUGUCAAGUGGUGAGCGAGAAGCGCAAUAAGUGUUUGGGCAAAUCGAAGGGCCGUCAAUAUCCAUCGAUGGACGAACGCAGCGCUAAGCUGCUCCAGCGUUACUACCUAAGCCACAAUACAGCGCUGGUGAAAUUGCUUAAAAAACUGGGCUCCCGACCCAUACCACAAUGGCUGAAAGACGACCUCUCGACGGGCACGUGAUAGCUAAUGCAAUUCCGACGACUACGCAACAAGCUACGGAAGCAAUUCGAAUUGGUAUUUGUAAGACUCAAACAACAAACAGACAUUGGUGACGGCGACGGCAACGGCAACGAGGUGACAGCGGAAGAAGUUGAUGCGCCUAAAAGUAUACCAUAUAGACAUCACAGACGUAACAGCUGGACGCGAAUUUAGUGGACAUUUUUGUUGUAGAAGCACUUAGGACGAUAUAACGACGUACCAGCUGCUGUUCAAGGACAAUGAUUUAAUGAUUCAAAUUGAAAUUGACAUAAUACGAAUUGAGGGGGAGGAAGCGCAUGUGGAGCGAAGGCAAACAGAUGAAAGUGAAUUGAACUUGAAAUGUUAAUGGACAAGAAAAAAAAAAGUAAAUAUGAAAAAAUAGAAAAAAGAAGAGGAGAAGAAGAGGCAAAGAGCAAAGAAGUCAAUAUCACUAAUUUACUUAGCGAAUAAAUCGUGAAUAGUUUUUAAUUGAAAAUAAGCUAAAAUAUUGUACGUGUACGAAAAAUUCUGUUACAUGUAUGUACAUAUGUAAGCGUGUAUACGACUAUGUAAAUGUAGCUCUAAUUUUAAAAUAAUAGUAAAUAUAGUAUAUACAUACAUAAACGUGUAAAUAUAUACAACUAAGGGAAAAAUAA